GUGGUUCCCUUGUGGAACUGCAGUAGACUACCUACCUAGGUAUUUUAUACCGGUCCACUUGCCUACUCGACCCCUCCGACAGUGGCGUUUUUAUUUUAGUUAAGACUUAAGAAAGGUGAAGGAGGGGUUGCCAUUCCACGGGGUAGUUACCUACCUACCUACGCUAUCCACAAUUGGUAUCUGUAUCUUCCUUGGGGUAGGACCUAGGUACGACCUUAUGGUCUCGUCUCAUCAAUUACAUAAGAAGUGUAUAUAAUGUAAGGUACCUACCUAAUAUCCUCAAUGAUGUCAAAUGUACGCAUACAAACCUUACCUAUACACACAUACACAUACACAUACACACACACACGUAUAGAACCAUUAGCACCAUAACAAAUCCGUAAAAGCGAUGGUCUAAGAUAUGAGCAAGUAGGAUAGACGAAGCCAAGACUAAGAGGUAGCUACCUACUUAGAGUCUAGACAGGUACCUAGACUAUAUGUACAUUGCUGUAGCUACAGCUUCGAAGCUACAAGACAUCCCAUCCCGACUCUCCUCGACUUCGCGACAAAGCGAAUAACCGCAUCAUAUUCCUAGGAAUAUACCCUGCUGCGGUCAACAGCUCUAAUAUAAUACCACUUCACUAUGGAUCCUAAUGCAUUCUAUUUUAGGGGACGUAAAGAUUCUAAGGAAACGAGUAUCUCACCGCCACCCCCUCAACGAACCGGUUCCUCUUCGAGCCUGCAAAAAUCUGGUCAUGUCCUAGGCCAUAGUCAUCGUUCAAGUCUCGCAGAGAAUUUGAGGGGCUUGCCGCCGUCCCCGCGAAAUCAGCGACAUCCAUCUUUCACCCAGGCCGCUCUUCAGGAAUUACUCAACCACCCGCCAGCUCCGAAGCAGCAGAAUCCUCGCUUCGCCGGGAGAGACUGGCGCGAUGUUGCAGUCGGGGAGCUCGUGUCGAAAGAUGACGUUUCUUGGGUAGAACUGGAUACCAGCGUGCAGGAUGCCACAAUGGCGCUCCUCAAGAAUACCUCAAGCAACGUCGUUAUCAUACGAGAGAAUGCUACCAGCACCAUUCCCUUCUCCACAUUCGAUUACAACGACUUAAACGCUUACAUCCUGGUCGUGGUCGGAUUAGCGCAUCCAGGCGACGACUUGGUAGAAUUGUACGAUUCCAUAGCAAGAAGAGCACAGGCUAGAGACAACAUACCGCUCCGCGACAUCCAGCCGAUUUGUCGGAAAGAGUCUCUCAUCACUCUGCAGGGAGAUGAAGAUCUGGCCAAGGCGAUCGAGAUCUUUGGCAGCGGUCUACACCGGGUGCUCGUCCGCAAUCACAAUGCUGAAGUGAUCGGUAUCCUAAGCCAGUUGAAUCUUUUAGAAUUCUUCUGGCACGAGGGCAUUAACUUCCGCGUCAUCGACGAUCUGUACCCUAAGCUCUUGCGCGAAGUUGGCGUCGGCUCUCAGCAAAUACUAGCUGUCAACGCAGAUAGUCCGUUGACAGAGGCUCUCAAUCUUAUGAACCAGGAAGGCCUGUCAAGUGUAGCCGUCGUUGACAAUGCUCUAAACGUCGUCGGCAAUAUUUCCACGGCCGAUGUCAAACUUCUUACCAACGCGACUAGCCUCCCAUUACUACAGAAUUCAUGCAGGCAUUUUAUAUCGGUCAUCCUGACCGAGAAAGGUGUCGAGAAAGGGAAGGAUUCAUUCCCUGUUUUCUAUGUUACCCCUUACUCGACGCUUGCACACACAGUGGCCAAGCUAGUCGCUACCCGUUCACAUAGGAUGUGGAUCGUGGAGUCUGCGUCUCCGUCUCCUUCCGCACCAGGAACCCCGUCGCUAGGCCCCACCGUGUUCGUCCCGACUCCAUCUUCUUCGCAGACGUCUCUUACCGGCGGUAAUUUCCCUUCGGUUCCUCCAGCUUCCACCCUACCGGGGUCUGGCCGCCUGAUUGGUGUCGUUACCUUGACAGACGUUCUCAACCUUUUUGCAAGAUCUACCGGGUUAAAUCCCACGGAUCCGAGCGAGCAGCGCGCAAGGAGGCGAAGAAGCUCGAGCAGUUCUGUGCGCCCGUCUAUCGAGUCUGCUCGUGCUAGCCUUGAUAUUCGACGCUAGGGGGGG